ACUUGCCUUUGUAUACGGUUUAUUACUUAGAUCAACGAUUGUUUAAUUAUUGUUUCUAUAUUCCCCUGCUACCACUACUAUAUAAAUUAAAGCCCAUUGUGAAGAAAAAAAGCAUCCACCAAAGCCAAAGAAAAAGAAAAUGGGAUCCGAAGCAAACACUCAUAUCCUUCUUAUCUCUUAUCCAGCACAAGGACACAUAAACCCUCUUCUUAGACUAGCAAAGUGUCUUGCUGCAAAGGGUGCUUCUGUCAUCUUCAUCACAACAGAGAAAGCUGGCAAAGACAUAAGAACUGUUAACAAUAUCAUUGAAAAAUCACUCACUUCAAUUGGUGAUGGUUCUCUUACUUUUGAGUUCUUAGAUGAUGGUUUAGAAGAUGAUCAUCCUCUUAGAGGAAAUCUUUUAGGCUACAUAGAACAUCUCAAACUUGUUGGAAAACCCUUUGUUUCUCAAAUGAUCAAGAAUCAUGCUGAUUCAAACAAACCAUUUUCAUGUAUCAUAAACAAUCCUUUUGUUCCAUGGGUUUGUGAUGUAGCUGAUGAACAUGGUAUUCCUUCUGCUUUGUUAUGGAUUCAAUCAACUGCUGUUUUUUCUGCUUACUAUAACUAUUUCCACAAACUGGUACGUUUCCCUUCACAAACAGAACCUUAUAUUGAUGUUCAAUUACCUUUUCAAGUUCUUAAAUACAAUGAAAUCCCAGAUUUUCUUCAUCCUUUUAGUCAAUUUCCAUUUCUAGGGACACUCAUCUUAGAACAGUUUAAGAAUUUGUCUAAAGUAUUUUGUGUUUUAGUAGAAACCUAUGAAGAACUAGAGCAUGAUUUCAUUGACUAUAUUUCAAAAAAAACAAUUUUCGUAAGACCCAUUGGUCCAUUGUUUCACAAUCCAAAUAUUAAAGGUGCAAAAAAUAUUCGUGGAGAUUUUGUUAAGAGUGAUGAUUGUAAUAUUAUAGAGUGGCUAAGCACAAAGCCAAAAGGUUCUGUGGUUUAUAUUUCUUUUGGGUCUAUUGUGUACAUUCCACAAGAACAAGUGAAUGAAAUUGCAUAUGGGUUAUUGGAUUCUCAAGUAUCGUUUUUGUGGGUAUUAAAACCACCUUCGGAGGAAUUAGGGCUAAAAGAACAUAAUUUGCCAGAUGGGUUCUUAGAGGGAAUAAGUGAGAGAGGAAAAGUGGUGAACUGGAGUCCACAAGAAGAAGUACUUGCUCAUCCUUCAGUGGCAUGCUUCAUAACACAUUGUGGUUGGAAUUCAUCAAUGGAAGCACUUUCUUUGGGAGUUCCAAUGUUGACAUUUCCAGCAUGGGGUGAUCAAGUCACAAAUGCAAAGUUCUUGGUAGAUGUUUUUGGUGUAGGGAUUAGAUUGGGUUAUGGUAUGAUUGAAAAUAAAUUAGUAACAAGAGAUGAGGUGAAAAAGUGUUUAUUGGAAGCUACAACAGGGGAAAAAGCAGAGGAGUUGAAGAAAAAUGCAAUGAAGUGGAAGAAGAAGGCGGAUGAAGCAGUGGCCAUUGGUGGAUCCUCUGAUCGGAAUCUUGAUGAAUUUAUGGAAGACAUUCAGAACCGUUGCAAUAUUUUUUUUGAAGAAGUUAAAUUAGUCCACUCAAAUUGACACCGGAGAUAAUAGAACCUGAGAUCUUGAGGAAAAACACACUCCCAAGUCUCAAGUCAAUACCACCAUAUCAACCUAAGUGGGUUACAGGAGAACUCUGGCAAUAUUAAUAUUGAGAAGAUGUAAUUUUAUUUUUUAUUUUUUGAAUGAUGAAGAUGUAAUGUAAUGUAAAGUUUCAAUAUGAUAAUUUGCCCUGUCUUUAUUUGUUGCAGAAAAUGGACAAUUACCA